AUGCCGUCGUUCAUGAAGUUCGCGGCUGCGGCUUUCGCCGUGGCUACACCUUUCGUUUCUGCUCAGACUUACUCUGACUGCAAUCCGAUGGAGACAACAUGCCCUGCCAACAAGGGUUUGGCUUCGUCCAGCGCUCACUUCGACUUCACCCAGGCUAGCUCCCUUGACCAGUGGAAGAUCAGUGGCGGACAAGUUCCAACUACCGCCAACGGUGCCCAGUUCACUAUCAACAAGGAAGGAGAUGCUCCUACCAUCGUCAGCGAUUUCUACUUCUUCUACGGCGAAUUGUCCAUUGAGAUGAAGACUUCUCCUGGCCAAGGCAUUGUCAGCUCCGCGUUUUUGCAAUCCGAUGACAAGGAUGAGAUUGACUGGGAAGCAUUGGGCGGAAAGACUGACACCGUUGAGACCAACUACUUCGGCAAGGGAGACACCUCGACUUAUGAUCGUGAGACCUGGGUCCCCGUCAGCACUCCUCAGGACUCUUUCCACACCUACACCAUCCAAUGGUCCAAGGAGAGUAUCACCUGGUUGAUUGAUGGCGCCAGUCUCCGCACUGUCAACUACGCAGAUGCCCAGGGUGGUGCUCGCUUCCCUCAGACCCCUAUGAACAUUCACCUUGGUAUCUGGGCCGGUGGUGCUCCUACCAACGGACAGGGUACCAUUGACUGGGCUGGUGGUUUGACCGACUACUCCAAGGGCCCCUACACUAUGUACAUCAAGAGCAUCACUGUCAACAACGCCAACCCCGCCGAGUCCUACACUUGGUCCGACAAAUCUGGCUCCUCCGACAGCAUCAAGUUCACCGGGUCCAACGCCGUGAGCUCUCGCAGCCCUACUACUACUGAUGCUGCCACCGUCUCCUCUUCCGAGGCUGCUUCCACUACUGAGUCUCCUUCCACCUCCGAGACUCCUUCUACCACCGAGGCUCCUUCUACUACUACCGAGAGCACUUCCAGCGCUCCCACUACUCUGGCUACCAGGACCUCCAUCUCCUCUGCUGAGUCCACUGCGGCUUCUAGCUCUUCAUCUGCCGAGUCGACUGCUGAGUCGACUGCUGCUUCCAGCUCCGGUGCUGAGUCGACUGCUGCUUCCAGCUCCGGUGCUGAAUCCACUGCCGCUUCCAGCUCCGGUGCUGCCGCUGCCUCUGUCGCUGCUACCUACUUGGGACCCGUGUCCCUCCUGGGUCUGGUGACCGCCCUGCUCCAGCUGUAA